AAUGAGGGGGGCGGUACCAUGCUGGUGAGGUGAUUCGUUCUUCGCCAAUCCAUGGAGGACAAGUAGUGGGGUGAUAGUGGAAUGACAGUGGGGUGAUAGUGGGGUGACCCGUGCCCCACCAAUCCCUGAGAGAUUAUUAGCAUACUGUUGUGUAUAUAAGGCGAGCGACUUUGCCGCUCGUGGUCCCCAUGUCAACAAUGAAGGUGUCCUGCAGUAAAGGCUGUAGAGAAGAAUCCAACCGUGUUGCAUCUUCCUUGCUGGUCGAGGUGGGCGCAUCAGAACUUAAAGUUAUGCAACUCUACUUUGAUGUCUGUAAAAGCUCUGGUGAUUCCUCACAAAAGAACAGUUACAUACCAAAUUCAAAAAGCUACAGCAAAGAAGAAGCAAGAAGAGAACCAGGAUAAGAGACUCUGAUUUAUUCAAGAGAUUUGCCAUUGUCUAAAGUAACAAAUACUUGAGGCAAAAAUAUUGAUGAGAAUUAAAACAAUGGAAAAGGCUGUCCUCAUCAACCACACUUCAGUGACAUCAUUUCGGCUCACAGGUUUAUCUGCAAAUCCAAAAGUACAGAUGGCUGUGUUUUUCAUAUUCCUCAUUUUCUAUGUCCUGACACUGGUUGGUAACAUCCUCAUUGUCAUAACAAUCAUAUUCGACCACCGGCUCCAUACUCCCAUGUAUUUCUUUCUCAGCAAUCUAUCCUUUAUUGAUGUCUGCCAUUCCACUGUCACUGUCCCAAAGAUGCUGAGUGACACUUUGUCAGAAGACAAGCUCAUCUCUUUUGAUGCCUGUGUGGUCCAGAUGUUCUUCCUGCAUCUCUUUGCCUGCACGGAGAUCUUCCUGCUUACUGUCAUGGCCUAUGAUCGCUAUGUGGCCAUUUGUAAACCUUUGCAGUAUAUGACAAUAAUGAACUGGAAAGUAUGUAUGUUGCUGGCAACAGCACUAUGGACAGGGGGCACCAUCCACUCCAUAUCUCUUACCUCACUCACCAUCAAACUUCCCUACUGUGGUCCUGAUGAGAUUGACAACUUCUUCUGUGAUGUACCUCAAGUGAUCAAACUGGCUUGCACUGACACCCACAUCAUCGAGAUUCUCAUUGUCUCCAACAGUGGGCUGAUCUCUGUGGUAUGUUUUGUGGUUCUUGUAGUGUCCUAUGCCGUCAUCCUUGUGAGUCUGAGGCAGAAGAUCUCUGAGGGCAAGAGGAAAGCCCUGUCCACCUGUGCAGCCCACCUCACUGUGGUCACUCUGUUUCUGGGACACUGUAUCUUCAUCUACUCACGCCCAUCCACCAGCCUUCCCGAGGACAAGGUUGUAUCUGUGUUUUUCACUGCUGUCACCCCUCUACUGAACCCCAUAAUCUACACUCUUCGGAAUGAGGACAUGAAGAGUGCCUUGAACAAGUUAAUCAGGAGGAGAGAAAAGUAAAAAUGAUAAGCCCUUAGGAUUCUUGGUGAUCCAAAGCAAAGCAGCAACUUUAUGUUAUUUUUACCAUGUGAUGUGACUUACAACAUUUUCCUCUGGUCCUAUAUCUAACAGUCAAGGUAACUGCUGUGACUGGUAACAUCUUCACAUUGUAGACAUUAUCAUAGUGAGUGGGGCUUACUUAAUUAUCUCAACAGCAGUAGUUACACGCUCAUCCAACUACACCAAAUACCAUGCUGAAAAUCACCCUGCUACAAAACCAUAGACAGGACUCAGGGAACCCAGAGUGUAGCUCAGUGCAGAAUGUGUACUUGGCAUAUAGGUGGCCCUGGGUUCACUUCCCUACUUGACAAAAGAAAAAAGUCACAAGAUUGGAUUUCAAAACAGAUUCCACCAACACACUAUUGUUCCAAGAACUGGGAGAAAAUACCAACUUGAAUUCAUUAUCUCAUUCUGUUCUUCCUGCUUUUCAAUUAACCAGAAAUCUAAACAAGACCAGACUUCUGAACCAACCACUCCCACCUACUUUGCUCAUUGUGAGACUUGCCUAAAUGACUUCUCAAAUGAAGGUAAAUGAAACAAAGGAUAUUGCAAUAUGACUGGUGACAAAGAAAAACUUUGAUCCACUAAGGUUACUAAUGCUCUUGGGAGUUCAUUCAAAUGUGCCAUCAGAAUAAUGAAAUGGGAACAUUUUAUUUCUUAUUUCACAAAUACUUUCAGAGCAUCAAAUUUGUGCUGGAUACUAGAUUUACAGUUACAAAUGCAGCAAAUAUAUAAUAGACAGUCCUACGUGGAGUAUACAGUCUAAUAAAAAACAAAAACAGAAAUGUGAACAACUGAAUACAGUUAUAAAUGCUACAAGAAAGAGCAGAGUGAGUGCCAUGGACACAGAGGGGUGGUGUGCCCUGCACUGACCUCUUUGAGGAAGUUUCAUUAUACCUGAGGUGUGAAACACGAGAGGAAACCAACCAUGAAAAACCAGAAGCAGCAAGCAUUCCAAGCUAAAGAAAUGUCAGGUACAAAAAUCUCUUUGGGGAGACUGCUUGUUCCAAGUGACAACCACUAUAGGGGCAGCAGGGCAGGCUGGCAGCAAAUGGGUCACUGGAGAAAUGAAAAAUCUGUAUUCACUUAAGGAGUUUAAGAGUCGUUUUCAUACAGUGUGAAGAUGCCAAAAUUGAGUAAGCAAAGAAAGGAGAAAUGGCACGUAGGUUUUGUUAGGUUAAAAUAGAUUUUUCUUAUCGUGGUUGGUUGGUUGGUUGGUUUGUUGGUUGGUUGGUUGGUUGGUUGGUUGGUUUGUGGGUUGGUUGGUUGGUUGGUUGGUUGGUUGUGUUUUGGUUGUUCAAGAUAGGAUUUAUCUGUGUAGCCUUGGCUGUCCUGGAACUUGCUCUGAAGAUCAGGCUGGCCUCGAACUCAUAGAGACCCACCUGCCUUUGUCUCCCCAGUUCUGGGAUUAAAGGUGUGUGCCACCACUGAAUGGUUUAUUGCUAUUUUUGAGACAGACAUUUAUGUAGCUCAGCCUGGCCUUAAAUUCCUGAUCCCCUUGCCCUUAAGUUCCAGACACUAGAGUUACAGGCAUGAACCACUAUGCCUGGAUUGGUCUGUUUAUUGUGUGGAGAACUAACCCAACUAAGCACUUAUCACUAAACUAAUCAUAAGCACUUGAUGCUGCUUCAAGUACUGAAAGAGAACACCAACUUGAGUCCAUGGUCUAUUUCCAGCUCGUUUCAUUGCUUUGGGGUAGCCUGCACCACAGCAAAUAGGCAUGUGACAAACAGAAUUGGCAAACAUAUUUAUAAAAGAGAAGUGGCUAGACAUGGUGGUACCAACUGUCACCCCUACAUUUAAGAUGUGGAGGCAGGAGGAUCAGAACUUCACAGUCAGCCUCAGCUACUUGUUGAGUUUAAGGUUAGCCUGGACUACAUAAGAACCUGUGUUUACAAAGGAGCAUGACAUACUGGAAAUCAGACAUUCACUGUGACUCCGUCAGUCAGAGUCACACUGCAGUUCAUCUUGGAUCUCCUAAGCCAUCAGCCAUCAGUGAGGAUGCCAUCAAUAAAUCCCUGGACCACAACAACCAUCUCUACUUUUAACAGCCCUUUGCCUGUAAAUGUAUUAGUAGGUGAUUUGAGCUUCAAAAGCUAUUUCAGUUGUUCUGAGCUUUGGUUAUGCAGGCACUGGUGGUAGGGGGUUAUUUAAGGUAGCACAUGUUUAUUUCCCACAGACACAUCAGCUCAUUAAUACCAUGCUUGUUUUCCCCAAACAUAACUGCCCGAAUAUCAUUAAACCAUAUUUGUUCUUCUGCCUGGUGUGAUAAAAGAUCCAAGUUCUAAAAUCAUAGGGCUCAUAUAAAACAAAUGUCCUUUUCCUAUAGGCAAUGGUAGGCGUGAGAAUAGAUUUCCAAAGAGCACAGAGCCCCCAUGUGCAGGAAUCAGCAGAGAAACACAGGUUGUUGAUAGGAAAGGCGACAUCACCCAAUGUUGCCUAGCAAUCACUAAGGUUGUCACCUGUGAAUGGCCACUAUCGAUCACAAUUGUGGGAAUCUUCACAACUCUCUAAAGAUAUAAAAUAAAACAGCUAUUCUC